CUGUCAUCAAGAACAAUAUAAAAAUAUUAGAAAGCCGUGAUGAUGAGCAAGUAGGUUAAUUAUCCUUUUAGAUAUAUUACUCACAGUUUCACUCACAGUUUCACAACACAAUGGGUUCUCUCAUGGCAGGAUGGGACUCUACCCAUGUGGAUCCUAAGUCAGCCACACUUAAGAGGAACCGUUCACUGACCAAAGAUGAAAUUAACGCUUUCUGGAAAUCGAAGAAGAAGAUAGAGGAAGAACACCUUACUGCUAUUUCCACUUCACCACACACUGUUCAGAAUGAACAGGGCAGGAUGAACAACACAGAGUCUGAGAGGAAGUUUCAGAAAUCAGUGAGCAUGCCAGUGACACGUGUACGUGAAAACGUAAAUAAGGAGAUUUUUGAUACAAGUUUGGAGCAGCUUAUCGAGAAAAAUGGCUGGUGGACCAGGAGUAGCUGGGCAUUUCUGAAUGAACCUCCAGUGAAUGAAGCUGCAUCAUACAAGUACACAUCACAGUUUCAUGUUGCCAACAUGGAAUCAUCAAAAUUUAACCCUCAAAAUGGAAUUAGUGCUUGAUAUAUAUAUCAUGAUGUUGGUGUUGGUGUCUGCAUAAAAAACUAUAUAAUAUAUAUAACAUGAUGUUAUUAGUGGGUUUAGUUGGUGUUGUUCAUGUUGAGUGAACUAUAUGUUAUGAGAGAUUUGGUGUGUGUUUUUGGUUUGGGAGAAUUGAAGGCACAAAUGGAGAAAGAACUUCUGAAGUUGAAAUGUUUGGUUUGUUUGAAGAUGGUAAUGGAAUGAUCUGAACAAUUAAUGAAUGACUUUGAUCUGCUAA